UCUUAGGUUCGAACACUGAUCGACUUGUUCCUGUAAUUAUAAGAUAUUUUUAUUUCGAUUAAUUAAAAAUUGUUGAGACACAUUAGGUAUAAAAGAAAUAAACAUGUUCCGUUUAGUGAAGGUUACUGAGAAUGCGUUAUUACCUGCUAUAAAAUAUACCAGGGGUAUGUCUGUGGCGACCCAUAAAGAACCAGAGAAGCCAUCAAUCAAGACAGCGGUUCCUGGGCCCAAGACUCAGCAGUUGUUGGGUGAACUGAACAAUCUACAGCAAGCUCAAUCAGUGCAACUGUUUGGCGACUACGACAAAUGCGUCGGCAAUUACUUUGUGGACGUAGAUGGGAACGAGUUUCUGGAUGCUUUUACCCAAAUAUCGUCAGUUCCGAUAGGUUACAACCAUCCUGCGUUGCUGGGAGCAUUUGAAGAUAAACAUGCGCUUAAAUCCCUUAUCAACCGGCCUGCGCUCGGAGUAUUUCCCUCCGCGGACUGGCCCUCAAAGCUGAGAAGCGUGCUGCUGCCCGUGGCCCCGCGCGGCCUGGACCACGUGUCCACGAUGAUGUGCGGCUCCUGUUCCAACGAGAACGCCUACAAGGCCGUGUUCUUCUGGUACCGCACCAAGCAGCGCGGGGGCAAGGUGGACUUCGCGCCGGAGGACACACACUCCUGCAUGCUGAACCAACCGCCGGGAUCCCCGGACUUGGCUAUCAUGUCUUUUGAGGGAAGUUUCCAUGGUCGCACCUUCGGAGCCUUGACCACCACGAGGUCGAAGCCGAUACAUAAAAUAGAUUGCCCGGCCUUCGAUUGGCCCGUGGCCCCGUUCCCGAGAUACAAGUACCCACUCCAUGAGAAUGACGCCCACAAUAAUCAGGAAGACAAAAGAUGCCUGGAACAAAUAGCGCGCAUCAUAGAAGAGCGUGAAAAAUCCAGUAAGCCGGUGGCGGGCAUAGUUGUGGAGCCGAUACAGUCUGAGGGGGGAGACCACGAGGCGUCCCCGGCGUUCUUCCAGAGCCUUCAGCAGAUCUGCAAGCGUACGGGAGUAGCUCUCAUCGUAGACGAGGUGCAGACCGGGUGCGGCCCGACGGGCAAGAUGUGGGCGCACGAGCACUUCCACCUGCCCUCACCCCCGGACCUAGUCACAUUCAGCAAGAAGAUGCUCACUGGCGGCUAUUACACCUCUGCUGCCUUCAGGCCUGCACAGGCGUACAGGAUCUUCAACACCUGGAUGGGAGACCCAGGCAAGCUGAUACUUCUGGAGCAAGUACUUCGCGUCAUUCAGCAAGAGAAUCUAUUAAGCAAUGUCCAGAAAACUGGAAAAGUUUUGAAAGAUGGUUUACAUGAUCUGGAAAAGGAAUUCUCCAACAUUAUAAACAGUGUGCGCGGUCGGGGCACGUUCCUGGCGUUCAACGCGGCUAAUGCUAGCUUGAGGGACAAGAUCAAUAAUGACUUGAAGAAAAAUGGCGUGCUAGGCGGUACCUGUGGGGAGACGGCCAUCCGCCUGCGGCCCGCGCUCACGUUCCAGGAGAAACACGCCCACAUCUACCUCGACACCCUCAGGAAAACACUCAAGGAACUCUAAACAUUCCUCGUUUCGAGCUAGCCCCAUAUAAUACGGUUUACAUUUUCCGCUGGCGUAUUUUGUGAUAUUAAUUUUAUACAACUACACAGUUAUUAUUUAUACAUUAAUAAACAUAUUUAUUUCACGACCUUUCAUAUUUGUAUCGCUAUUUUUUGAUAGGCAGCAGCUUGCAACGCGGAAGGAAAAUUCUCAACUGUUUUUUUUAAGUACAAAACAUAGAUAUUGAACAUAUUAAGUAAGUAAAUAUAAGAACUAUUAUGCUACUUAUAUGUAUGAAACGACUAAACGUAAAAAAGGCCGAUAAUAUCAAUAAUUUGUAAUUUUUAUAUUAUAAUUUGCAUUUUUCUUGAAAUAGUUUCUGGGGGCACGGCAGUGCCCCCGCCAAGUCGAUUAAGUUUAUGCCAAACGUAAAAUAUUACAUGUUGUAAAUUCUACAUAUAGUUAAGGUAAGGAUAUGGUCAGUAUUUUAAAUGUCGGGAGAUUAGUGUGAAUAGAUCUUAAAUAACCAGUAUUAUUUUUAAAUGAUUGUUUUAAAUAAACUAUUUUAUCAUUAUAAUUAUGCCAUAAUUUUUAAAAUUACUAAUUAUAGGGUUUAUGUUACUGUUUUGUGAAUUCAGUAUACCUACUUAAGUGUAUUACGAUUACAAAAUGUUCAAAUGCAAUAAAACUAUGUACUCAAAAGUCUUCCAAAAUAAAAAUAAUUGAUGUUGAUUAA